CCCGAGGCGGGGCUCGCCGUCCCGGCUGCGCGAGGCGUUCCGAGGGCGCCGGCGAGCGCUGCCUUGCCAGGAAUUGUGGUCAAGACCAUCGAUGCCAUUAAGUCAUCACUUACUCCAGCCUGAGAAGACUCAGAAUCCUGCUCUCAGAGUGCCUGGGACAAGUGGACCUGGUGCUGGUGCAGUGUAGAUGCGCUGUUGCUGAGAAUGCUUUCCCUGCCUGUCCUGUCACCCUGAAUGGUGGAGAAGAGAAGGGAGUCAACACCCGGCCUUGCAUCUUCAUAGGUGACCAUGGAAGCUGGUGGCCUCCCCCUGGAGCUGUGGCGCAUGAUCCUAGCCUACCUGCACCUUCCCGACCUGGGCCGCUGCAGCCUGGUGUGCCGGGCCUGGUACGAGCUGAUCCUCAGUCUCGACAGUACCCGCUGGCGGCAGCUGUGCCUGGGCUGCACCGAGUGCCGCCACCCCAACUGGCCCAACCAGCCGGACGUGGAGCCCGAGUCUUGGAGAGAGGCCUUCAAGCAGCACUAUCUCGCCUCCAAGACCUGGACCAAGAACGCCCUGGACUUGGAGUCCUCAGUCUGCUUCUCUCUCUUCCGCCGGAGGAAGGAGCGGCGCACGCUGAGCGUCGGGCCAGGCCGUGAGUUUGACAGCCUGGGCAGUGCCUUGGCCAUGGCCAGCCUCUACGACCGAAUCGUACUGUUCCCAGGCGUGUACGAAGAGCAAGGUGAAAUCAUCCUGAAGGUGCCCGUGGAGAUCGUGGGCCGAGGGAAGUUAGGCGAGGUGGCCCUGCUGGCCAGCAUUGAUCAGCACUGCUCGACCACACGCCUGUGCAACCUGGUCUUCAUGCCGGCCUGGUUCUCACCCAUCAUGUAUAAGACAACAUCAGGUCAUGUCCAGUUUGACAACUGCAACUUUGAGAAUGGGCACAUCCAGGUCCAUGGCCCAGGUACCUGCCAAGUGAAGUUUUGCAUCUUCAAAAACACCCAUGUCUUCCUGCACAACGUGCCCCUGUGUGUCCUGGAAAACUGUGAAUUUGUGGGCAGUGAAAACAACUCUGUGACCGUGGAGGGUCACCCCUCUGCAGAUAAGAACUGGGCCUACAAGUACCUCCUCGGACUGAUCAAGUCCUCUCCCAGUGUGCUGCCCACAGAGGACUCUGACUUCCUAAUGUCCGUGGAUCUAGAGAGCCGGGACCAGGCUUGGAGCCCAAAGACCUGUGACAUUGUCAUUGAGGGCAGCCAGAGCCCUCCCAGCCCAGCCUCCAGCUCCUCCAAGGCUGGCUCCCAGGAGACAGAGGGAGGCAGCGAUGGGGAAAGGGUGGCCCAGACCCCAGACAGCAGCGAUGGGGGCCUGAGUCCCAGCGGUGAGGGUGAGGAUGAGGAUGAGGACCAGCUCACAUACAGACUGUCCUACCAGGUGCAGGGCCCACGCCCUGUGCUGGGGGGCUCCUUUCUGGGCCCCCCACUGCCAGGGGCAUCCAUCCAGCUGCCUAGCUGCCUGGUGCUGAACUCACUGCAGCAGGAGCUGCAGAAGGACAAGGAGGCCAUGGCAUUGGCCAGCUCCGUGCAGGGCUGCCUCAUCCGCAAGUGCCUGUUCCGCGACGGGAAGGGAGGCGUCUUCGUCUGCUCCUACGGCCGAGCCAAGAUGGAAGGCAAUGUCUUCCGGAACCUGACUUACGCGGUGCGGUGUAUCCACAACAGCAAGAUCGUGAUGCUCAGGAACCACAUCCACCGCUGCCGCGCCUCCGGCAUCUUCCUGCGCCUGGAGGGCGGCGGCCUGAUCGCCGGCAACAACAUCUACCACAACGGCGAGGCUGGCGUGGACAUCCGAAAGAAGUCCAACCCCCUCAUCCUGUGUAACCAGAUCCACCAUGGCCUUCGCUCUGGCAUUGUGGUCCUUGGCAAUGGGAAAGGCGUCAUCCGGAAUAAUCAAAUAUUUUCCAAUAAGGAGGCCGGCAUUUAUAUCCUGUACCAUGGAAAUCCAAUCGUGAGUGGGAACCACAUCUUCAAGGGCCGUGCUGCCGGCAUAGCUGUGAAUGAGAACGGCAAAGGCCUCAUCACAGAAAAUGUCAUCCGUGAGAACCAGUGGGGCGGCGUGGACAUCCGCCGCGGAGGCGUCCCCGUGCUCAGGAGCAACCUCAUCUGCUUUGGCUACUCUGACGGUGUGGUCGUCGGGGACGAGGGCAAGGGCCUGAUAGAAGGAAACACCAUCUACGCUAACAAGGGCUGUGGCGUGUGGAUGAUGUCAUCCAGCCUGCCCCACGUCACCAGCAACCACGUCAGCUACAACGGCCUGUACGGGGUGGCAGUGUUCAGCCAGAAGGAUGGCGCCAGCGAGUUCCCUGGAGGCCACGGCGCCCAGGAGAACUUCAGCGAGGACGGGGACGCCAUCCUCUGGGAGCCGGAGCAGGAGAAAGACGAUGACCCGCUGCGCCGGCCUGUCACCGUGGCGCUGGUGGAGUCCAACAGUGUGAACCAUAACGGAGCCUCAGGACUGUACGUUCAGAGCAGCGAGGCCCUGCACGUCACCGCCAACGUGAUCCAUGCCAAUGGCGACCGAGGCAUCACUGUGGCCCAGAGCAGCCAGCUCACCCGCGUGGCCAACAACAGCAUCUCUUGCAACCGCCAGAGUGGGGUCAAGGUCGAGGCCCAGUGCAAGGUGGAGCUCCGGGGCAACGGCAUCUAUGACAACAGAGGCCACGGCGUCAUCACCAAAGGCGACAGCACGGUCGUCAUUGAAAACGACAUCAUUGGCAACCGGGGCAGCGGGCUGCAGCUGCUGCCCAGGUCCGACACCAAGGUAAUAAAGAACCGGAUCCACUCAUUCCGGGCCUACGGCAUCGCAGUGCGGGGCCGCGCCAAGGCCCUGGUGCAGGAUAACAUCAUCUUCCAGGGCAAGACCAGCAAGACCAUCUUCCAGCAGAUCGCAAACAACCGGGACUGCGUCAUGCAGAACAACAAGUUCCUGGUCUUCAGGAAGAAGUCUGACACGUGGCGCCUGGUAAACCCACCUGCUCGGCCUCACCUUGAAAACCCCCUCAGAGGCCCCUCUGCAGGCCACAGCGGGCAGAAGGUCACGGCCAUGGGGACCAGGAUCACAGCGCGCGUGGAAGGCGGCUACCACAGCAACCGCAGCAUCUUCUGCACCAUCCUGUAGGGACGCACCUGCCAGGGCUGAGAGACUUCAGCGCCUCCACCUUGCCACCCUGAAAGCGCAGGCCCCAGCCUGCUCCACAGCCCUGGGAGGGCUGAACGUGGGAGCGCACCGGCAGAAGGGGCAGGAGCUGGCGGGUUUCGUGGAGAGCUGGGGACUCGGGCUUUUGUAGGAAAGCCCACGUGACGUGCACCGACCAAGCCUCUUCUCAGGGAGAGACUCCAGUGGGGUGGAGACAGCUGCUCCUGGCCUGUGCCCCCUUCCCGUGACCCUAGCGCCCCCUCCUGACUGCCUCUGCAGGCUGCAGCAGUGGAAUUUUCGCUUAUUUAAGGUCUCAGACUGGGACAAGAACUUGUGAGGGAGGGACUUGGGGUGGAAGCCCCUCCUAAAAGCGCCCCAGGGAUGACAGGGACCUCCUGCUGCCAGAGGCUCCCUUCCCCAGCGGCACAGCUGUGCAGGCAGGUGCUAGGUGGGCAGCCAAGGAUGCAUGAGGCUCCCAAGGAGCCCCCCGCCCCGACUCUGGGGGACAUUAGCCCUGUGCCUGCCCCGGGGCAGGAUCCAAAUUCCCAGUGAGUGCCCCCGGCCCCUGGUACGACCCUGGCUCCCGCUCUUGUGCCUUGGUUCCCACUCAGCCCCUCCCUGGCAUGCCCUGAGCCCAGGCCCCUCUCACUCCUCCAGGGUUAGCGGACACUGCCCUCCCCCGGGCAGAGCCUCCCGACCCUCUGCCCUCUCAGGGUCCUGAGCACUUUCUGCCUUGUCUUGGAGCUCCCUGGUCUGCCCGCUCACCGUGGGCUCCCUGAGCCGGGAGCCACACCUCACUGCCGGGGCCGUGGCCUCUGAGGAGAGGAAGGCCAGCUCCCGGGGGCUUCCUGAACCGUCCUGGGAAUGCGGCAGCUGCAGCGCCAAUGUGGGGAGGGGCUGGAUGCAGGGCCGGCUCAGCCUGAACAGUCCCCCCACUCGGCAUUCUGUGCGGGACCGCUGCACCGCGCUGGGCAGACAGCCUCCCCUGCUGCUAAGGUAGGGCCCUCGGUGCUGCUCUGUUGGGUGGGCUGGGAGGGGGGCAGAGGGAGCAGGAGUGCUGGCCUCUCGCCGGGACGCGGGCACAAGUGUGCCAGCACUUUCUGUGCCCAGCACUGUCCUUUGCACUUGUGUUUGGUGGCCCCAUGUGAGUCGCUGUACAAAAUGCUGCCUUGAUUAUUUUGUAAGAAAUGACUUUUCUGUGAACUUACACAAAUCUUGAUAACCAAAAUAAAGUUCUAUAUUU